GUUCCGCCACCUCCAUAUUAUAGUCCUGAUUAUAAAGGGCAGAUAUCGAUAGUAUGCUUUCCGAACUUCUUACCACCCCACUUGCAUUCCACCAUCUGAGAUGGCAGUUCCUGACGCCCAUAUCAAUAUUCAGUUCAAUUUGAACUCUAUCUCAUCUUAUGCAUAUGCAUCAGAUCUCAUCAGUGAUCAACCCUAUGAUUUCUUAUCGCCUCCCCAAUUCGAGGCUCCUCUAGUCCCCCCUGAUUUUCAAUGGCACCAAGUUGAGUCGGUAUCAACGUGCAUACCUUCCCCUCAAGAAUCAGUGUCUUCUUCAUACGCUUCCACUUCCUCUACAUCAAGUAUAAAUUCCCCAAAAUCGAGUUCCGAACUUCUCUUUCCAUCGUCCUUUCCAUCCUCCGCAGCUCUUGCGAGCAUGCCUAUACCAUGCUCUCGUGGCUACUCGCGUAGCAAAGACCCAGAUCACGUCCCACGUCCGCGAAAUGCUUUCAUGCUCUUCCGCUCAGCAUUUGCCGCCGCACAGAAAAUCGGAACGAAUAUUGAGCGUGACAACAGACACAUCACCCGCAUAAUCGCGCACUGCUGGAAUCGCCUCUCUGAGUCAGAGAAACAGGUUUGGCGUACCAAGGCUGCAACAGAGAAGGCCGUUCAUGCCAUCAAAUACCCAAAUUACAGGUUUCAUCCUGUCCUACGCGCCAAAAAGCCUACCAAACGAAAAGUUCAGAGGAACGGUACGGAAGACAAGAAACGCUGCGAGCAAGUCGCCGAACUGCUUCUUGCAGGCAAGCAUGGCGAAGAACUCGAGGUCGCAGUCAAGGAAAUCGAUGACACUAUGAAAGUAACGACUUUCAUAUCAUCCCCUGGUUCAAGAAGUGGGUCAGCGUCCAAGGGCAUAGAACCUUGUGAAGGUGACUUUGACGGAUGCGAGAUACAACCAUUCCGCAGUCCUCUUUUGCCACCUACUACCAAGUCUACUGGUCCUUCGAUCUACGACAUUGCAGGUGCCACUCAGUUUUCUCCACCGGUGCGCACAUUAUCUCUCGACAUUUGACAUCCUCUCAUCGUUUCUAUCUAGCUUGCUACGAUUAAGACUAUACCAAAAUCCUACGAUUGUAGCGAGCAGCUUUACCAAGCGCCGGCGUAUGACACCAAUCAACCAACAUCGAGUAAUUCGCCGGCGCAUCCAUUGCUCCUUACCCAGCCUGAUUUUCAUCAUCUGCACCAAAGCUCUAGGCUCUCGCCACUGCCUGUGCCACUUUAUAGCGAACCCUCAACCUUGUUCAUAAACUAUGACGACGAUAAUAUCUCCGCAUUCACACCGUCCCCUCCAGACUUCUCAGACUUCUCAUGGGACACAUUUUCAACGUCGUGCUAUACUACUCAUUCGUCUCACUCGUACG